AUGCUUGGGUGGAUGUUGAAGCGAGGCGAGAACGCGCCACACGCGGACGAUGGAGAUCAGCCGGACACACCAGCGCCUGUAUUUGCUGCCAGAGCCUUCAAGAGCGCGCUGUUUGGUACGCCCUCGAAACGAAACGAAGAGAGACGCGUUUUCCGAAGUGCGGCCUCAAGAAAGCCCACGUCACGGUCGUCCGAGACGCCGUCGAAGCCACAAGGUAUCCUUCUUACUCCAGGAAUAGGAACAUCCAAGAGGAAGCGUGUUUCAUUCGGCCAUGACGUGCCAGGCGGCUCCAUGACGGACCUCGCAAAAACCAGUGAACAAGACCUGCCAACCGAGGCACGCCAACCAACAGCUCCAACCAAGUCCCUGGCCAAGCUCACAGAAUCACAAUCGCGAGUUGCACCUCCCGAACCCGCCGUGUCAGAUGAUGAAUGGGAAGAAGAGGAGGACUGCGGCGCUCAUGAUGUCACGCUGGAUCUCAAUGAGCCGCACUCGCAAUCCGGACGGUACUGGAAAGAAGAGUUUCUGAGGUACCAUCAAGAGGCCAAAGCUGAAAUGGAGAAAUUGCUCAAGUAUAAGCAACUUGCAAAGUCUUACGCACAGCGAAAGGAUGCCGAGGCGAUUGAACUUGCUGAGCGCCUGCGAGACGAACAACAGCGCGUCAUAAAAAUGGAAAAGAGGAUUGCAGAAAAUGCAGCUCAAAUCGCCGCCCAACGAAAAGAGCAACCAGCAGAAGCCCAAGCGGAAAUGCUCACAAAACUGACUAAACAAUCAUCGCUAGCUGCACAGUACCGUCACCGGGUACAAGAACUCGAAGCUCAGAUGGGAGAGUUGCUCACACAGCGAGAAAAUGGAGCCGGAGUUGAGACGCCACGCCGCCGAUAUGCUUCUACCCCUUCCGUGACAGCUACCCAAAAAACGCUCACGGAAACUCGGCGAGAGUUGCGACGAGCGCGGUCCCAGUUGAAAGAACUAGAUGCAUUGCGCGACGAAGUAUUUUCACUCAAGACUCAGUUGAAGAAGGCCGAAUUGAAACUGGUAGUCAUCGAAAAGGAGGAAGCACUUACCAGUAAUGGGCCACGAGCCCGGGAACUUCGGGCUUUGCUCAAGGCAGCCAAGGAGGACUCUCGACGAAAAGAAGACGAGAUUCGACUCCUCAAAAAUGAGUAUGAGGCAUUCAGGAAGGAGAAUGAAGUUCACGAAGCCGAUACCAGGGCUGUUCUGGAACGGGCUCACAACAAGAUUGCCGACCUCAAAAAUGAGGUGAAGGCUCUCAGGUCCGCAGGAACAGGACCAGCAAGACCGCACAGUUGGCAUCCCCGGAGUAUAGGCGAAGAGAAGAUCAAGGAAUCAAAGUCAGACGAACCAAUUCGAGUCAAAGUAGAAACGGCCAAGAGACGAAGCUCAGACGAGCCCUUGGACAUGGCAAAAAAUUCAUCUCAACCACGCACAUUGCGCGAAAAGUUUGUGGAUGAUGCUGCCUUGGCUCCCAAGUCAGAACCGCUCAAGGUAGCAGGUCGAGCAAGUCUUGGGAAGGCUCAGUGGCAGCCAUUUGUCCCUCGAUCGCCCAGACACCGCAUCUAUGCUGCAGAGGACGGAGUCAAUCGCCUCACUCAGUCGAACAAGCCCAAGGAGAUUGCAGUACCAGAGUUGCCUCCGAAUGGCUCGACAUCCGCCGCGGAACCCCAUAUCGAUCUCCUGUCUCGCCGCUUUGCCAGACUAGGAGGCCCAGGACCAAAUGCACAGAUAAACAGCUCUCUUGUGGCUAAUACAUCGAGGCGCACUCUGCCGCCAGAAAGACGAGCAGCCGCCCUCGCAAGGAUUGAAAAAAGAAUGGCUGAGAAAAAGAGGCUCCGGGACCGAAGCGGCGGCCAUGACAAGGAGAAUGUGCGGCCAUAG